GGCUUCCUCUCUGCCCAUGCUCUGUGUGUCUGUGUGCUCCUGUUUCUGCCGGCCCACUCUCAACUCUCUGUGCCUUUCUCAAUCUCACUCCAUCUAACAAAAUGAGUGUCAAACGAAGCAGCGUCAGAGGACCCGGCAGUGGGUACGGCUACUCCAUCACUCACAGCUCUACUGCUCCCACCUACCGGGCCGCCAGCACUUAUGGUGGUGCUGGAGGUCAGGGGACCCGAAUCUCCUCGGUGUCCUAUUCGGGUGUGCGAAGCGGGAUGGGAGGGUUGGGGGUUGGGAUGGGAGGCUCCGGGGGCUCCGGGGGCUCCAUGUCCAGCAGCAUCCAGGGGAGCACCAGUGGGGACACUGCCCACAUCAUGGGCAAUGAGAAGUUUGCCAUGCAGAACCUCAACGACCGUCUGGCCUCCUACCUAGAGAUGGUGAGGAACCUGGAGCAGGCCAACGGCAAACUGGAGCUGAAGAUCAGGGAGGCCAUGGAGAAGAGAGGCCCAGAUGUCAACGACUACAGCCGCUACAACGCCAUCUUGGAUGACCUGAGGAAGAAGGUGUUUGAUGCCACAACAGACAACGCCCGGAUGUGUCUUCAGAUCGACAAUGCCCGCUUAGCUGCUGAUGACUUCAGGGUGAAGUUUGAGUCUGAGCUGUCCAUACGCCAGUCUGUGGAGGCUGACAUCGUUGGCCUGAGGAAGGUCAUAGAUGACACCAACAUGGGCCGCAUGAACCUGGAGAGUGAGAUCGAAGCUCUGAAGGAGGAGCUCAUCUUCCUGAAGAAGAACCACGACAACGAAGUGAUGGAGAUGCGUAACAUGAUCUCCCAGUCUGGAGUGCAGGUGGACGUGGAUGCUCCUAAGGGCCAGGACCUGGCCGCCAUCAUGGCUGAGGUCCGGGCCAAGUACGAGAAAGAGGCCCUGAAGAACCAAGAGGAGCUCAAAGCAUGGCAUGAAACACGGAUCACAGAGGUGCAGUCUGUGGUAUCACAGAACACAGAGGCCCUCCAAGGCGCACACACAGAGAUCAACGACCUCCGUAGACAGCUACAGACACUGGAGAUCGAGCUGGACUCACAAAAGAGCUUGAAAGGAUCUCUGGAGGGGACGCUGCGAGACACAGAGAUGCGCUACAACAUGGAGAUGGAAUCCUUGAACAAGAUCCUCGUGGGUCUGGAGUCUGAGCUGACCAACCUCCGCUCCAACAUCCAGCAGCAGACGCAGGAGUACGAGCACCUGCUCAACAUCAAGAUGAAGCUGGAGGCGGAGAUCGCCACAUACAGGAGACUGCUGGACGGAGGAGACUUCAAGCUCCAGGAUGCUCUGGAGGACCAGCGGACAGUGAAGACCAAGGUGAUGACCGUCACACAGACCCUGGUGGACGGGAAGGUUGUCUCCUCCAGCACAGAGACAAAGGAGAGGAACCUGUGAGACUACAUCCAUCAUUCCACAUCGUCCUGAUUGUACAACAACAUCCAACACACCAUAGACAUAAGAUAACAUCUAGCUGGAUAAGAAGAAAAUGAUCUCCACUUUAUUUAUUUCAUCAUGUUUCUUUUGCUUUUGAGUCUUAAGUGUUUUUUAACUUACGUAUUUAGGCAUAUAUACAUUUACAGUACAAGUUCAGAACUGAGUAAUUUGGGAUGAAAUUAGCUUUAACCAAUAUGAUUUUACCUUUAAAACUAGCAAUUGGAUUAAGUAAAAUAUCUGUAAAUCUGACAAAUGUAUUUUUCUACCCUUGUCAUCUUAGUUUUCUUUCUGUCCAGUUGAAUUUGCCUGGUGUGAUGUACUUUCAUUGUCCAAUAAAACAUUGGUCAGAC